AUGUCGACGUCCGCAGAGACUGUCAAAGCAAUGACUGCAUUCUACCAGCAAGUCGUGAAGCAUCUCUCCUUCGAUUCGGAUGCCCUCAAGAUCGCACCCGUGGAAGGAUGGCCCGAUCUCGAUCCCAGUGUCAAGGACAAGUCUGCAGCAGUGCUGGAGCUUCUUCGCCAUUUACCGUAUCUCCAUCUCAAAGAUCCGUAUGACCUUCUGUGUGUAUACGACAGCACCGCCGCAGUCUCCUACCUGCCGGGCAAUCACAGGACAGGUGCCAUGGAUGAUAUUUUCCCGACACCAAGCCAUUGCGUAUAUCUCACGUCUUGUGUCGGUCAACAUGGCUAUUCUCUCAUUCUCGACACGAGCAAGGGUAAGAUCAGACGGGUUGUGACAGUCGGAAACAAAGCUGACAUCGAACAGGCACAUGGUCUGGCCUUGGACAUGGAUUAUGGAGCCGGCCGAGGUUCUCGAGCUGUGGACGAAGAUGUAUGUUCGCCUUCGGAGGCAGUGGGCAAGAUCCGGAUGGCUGACCCUCAUCGGGCUGAAGAGCGAGCUCAAGAAGUCACGCCUUUGUGCGAGUGGUAUCCUGACGACCUUGAGCUCCAUCGGACUGUGGGAGAAGCGGACAGUGAGGACUUCCUACGGUACAAGAUGGUCCAAGCACAAUACGAUGUGGAUAACUACAACUGUUACAUCCGUUUCGGAUGGCCCGAGAACUUCGAUCGAGCCGCUUGCAAGCUCGAGGUUAUCAAGUUGGUGAAGCUCAAAGACAGAACGCAGAGCCGAUACUACGCUUUGAACAACCCAGAAACACCUUUCAACGCACUCGAGGAGGCCGAAGAAGAAGCCCGUGUUGAGAGGCGAUGGAACCCGCAGCUGCUUGAGCGCAAAGCAACCGGUGGAAAGGCGCCCAGGAAGCCUAGACCCAAUCACAGCAGAGGCUUGGAGGAGAUCGAGCGUUCGGCCGCACCGAGAGACGGCGACGGAGGGCAGCGAGAGGAGUGA